UUUAAAUUAGUACUCAUCUAAAUUUAUGGUCUAAAUAACUAUGAAAACUACUUAUAAUCUUAUUAUUUUACACACGUAGUUUUCCGGUUGUUGACACUUGUAGUGUUAACAUUGUCUUAAAUGUAUUCAAACUAAACAGUCGGUUUUAAAAUGCUCGUCAUAUUAUGUGUCGGAUUGACAGCUUACUUAUCUUGCAGUUAUGCAGAUGAAAUUUUCCCUGAAGCUUUGGUGUUUGAAGAAUUAGGCUUAUCCGACAUAAUCAAUAAUUCAAAAUCCAAUGAAAAUCGUAAUAAUACUAUAAUAAUUGCAGGAGAUUUAAAUGAUGCUUUAACAACCAUGAAUUUCCACAGAAAAAAUAUAAAUGACUAUCUCUGUCGACAAUACGUAGUUGAAGAAAUUUUAAAAGAUAUUACAGACAGUGCUUCGUCUGAAAGUCGAUCGAUGUCCCAAGACAGUCGUGGAACGAGUAAAACGUCUAUAAUGCAAACCGAUCAAGGCUCAUCUGCUUAUAAUGCAUGGCUUAUCAAAACAAAAUUAUUGAAAAAAAUUUAUGAUGAAUACGAUUUAAAUGUUAGAAUGCAUGAAAAACCCGUUGGAUUCACACUAACAAAUACAAAUAAUGAAAGCUUGGGAACACAUGACUAUGAAACCAUGAAGAACGUAGAUGACGAAAAAGAUUUGAAAAAACCUUACCACUCAAAUGAAGGGGAAUACAAUAUUUCUCUUGGUUUAGAUUCAUUUUCUAGCCCCAGUGAUACAGUCAGUGUGGAUUUUACACAAAGUCAAUCUAUACAGUAUGACAUUGAUAAUGAUAAUGAGUAUAAAAAAUCAAAUCAACCGUACCAGGGUCUUCAUAAUUUCAACCCUACACAAUCUACCCAUCUACCUCCAUCAGGAUACGAACCUUCUUUCUCUCCAUCAACAUCACAUGGACCACCAUUACUUCCAACUCACUAUGGACCCCUACCAUUUUUGAAUGAAACGCCUUCAUACCCGUCGGAUUAUGGAAUGCCACCGUCGACGCCACAUGAAUCAUACUCCUCUCCGACAUCAUAUGGAUCACCAGCACCAACAAACAAUCACUCUUUUUUACUUCCUUUAAAUAACCGUUCACCAAAUUAUCCACAUCCUGGAUUGAUUCCGCCAACUGAAAAUCCAGGUCCUGAUCUUACGACCCGAAAUAUCAAAACAAUAAAUCAAUUGGAAGAUGAAAACCAUACUCCUGAUAGAGAACCAAAACGAGGACUUACAGCAACGGAUAUGUACGAUCUAACUUUAACAGCUAUUGCGUUCUUGGGAUUCGGUACAUUUGUCAUGCAUCUAGUCAUGGACGCCAUAAUGGUACAAUCAGGAGCAACACUAACGAUAAACUCAUCACCAUUACACGGUGCCACAGUGUCUAGAGUUAAAAGACACGACAACCCCGUAUAUUGGGAAAUAAACGAGUUGUCAUGGACCAUAGUAUCAACAAUUGACAAUAUGAUGGCAAACGUAGAUGGGACCUUUGUGAAUUGCAAAGAAGUCAAAGCAUUGUGCAGACGGUCAAAAAAACUAGUAAAAACCGGUACAAACUUCAGUUCAAAAUUAUUGCCCGUUUGGAAUGUUGCUUUAAGAUGGCUUUCAAAUAAAUUAGGUACAGAUAAAAGCCAGCCAGUGAUAUCUGAAUUAUUAGGUCAUUGUAUUUUACCUUCACAAUGUCAAAAAAAUGCAUAAUUUUAUCAUUUAUGUGAAUAAUACAAUUUAUAAACAUAUAUCAAUUUAUUGGUCUAUUUUUUUUUUAAAUAUAAUAAUUAACCCAACCAGACACCUAAACUGGAAAUGGUCCAGAGACCUUCUAAAUAAUUUAUAAUUUUUAAACUCACAUUCAUGUAAAGAGUAGCACUACUGUGAACUACUCUUUUACCCGCCUAAUCACUAUGAUUCCCUCUCAUAUUUACUUAUUGUACAUAUUAUUAUAGUAUAUAUUGUAUAUAUUCAAAUAAAAGUUAUUAAAAAAAAAAAAAAAAUGUAAUAAUAAUUUAUCAUUGCAUUCAAAUUUAAU